AUGCAAAAUAGUCCAGUCAGUUUUCAAGAUGCUGUUGCUCGUGCUAGACAAAUAGCACAAAAAUUAACUGGAUCAGCACCAAAUGCAAAUGCAAAUCCUUCAUUAAAACGACCAAAUAGUGAAGAUGAAUAUUCAAAUAAACGUCCAGCUUUUACUUCUCCAACACAAUCAAAUGAUAUUCCAACACCUGUAUUACGUGCACAACAAAUAGCACAACAGAUAAAUUCACAAUUAGGAGUUAAAACAUCCAGUGAUUCAUUAGCAUUACCACUCUCAAAUCAAAAUACAUUUCAAGAAGAUUAUAAAAUUCCUGAUAAAUUUGUUGGUCUUGUUAUUGGUAAAGGUGGAGAACAAAUCGUUCGACUUCAAGCUGAAAGUGGUUGUAAGGUGCAAAUAUGUCAAACACGAUCAGAUCCUAUACCUGGUGGUCCAAAUCCUCCUGAUCGUUUAGCAAAUUUAAGUGGUUCACGAGAAGCAAUUGAACGAGCUAAACGUAUUAUGGAUGAUAUUAUAUUAAAAGGACGAAUGACUGAUGUUGGAUCAGUUGGUGUUAAUCCAUAUUCAAUGGGAGGUGGUGGUGGUGGAGGAGGUUCGAAAUCAGUGGAUGUUAUGUUACCCUCAGCAAAAUGUGGAUUAGUUAUUGGUAAAGGUGGUGAAACUAUCAAACGAUUAUCUGAAGAAUUUGGUGUUAAAAUGUAUGUUGUUCAAGAUUCAGCUGAUGUUGAUGGAAUAGAACAUAAACCAUUAAGAAUUAUGGGUGAACCAGAUCGAAUAGAACGUGUUAAACAAUAUGUACUUGAAACUUUAUUGAAACCUGGUGGUAUACCUAAUCCAGCAAAUCGUCUUGGUAAUAAUCCAACUAAUCCAAACUCAUUUAAUGAUUAUGGUUCACGAUCUGGAGGUACGCCGAUGUCUGGCCCAUGUAAUGAAGCAAUUUAUCAUGUACCUUAUGAAAAAGCUGGAAUUAUUAUUGGCAAAGGUGGUGAAAGUAUUAAAGAAAUUAAUCGAAAAUCAGGUGCUUUUGUUGAACUUGAUAAAGGACAUAUUCCACCAAUAGGAAACUCAUCUGAUAGAGUAUUUAAAUUACGUGGUACGCCUGAUCAAAUAGUUAAAGCACAACAAUUAAUGUAUGAAAAAGUUGUAAAUAGUCCUGGUGGCACUGGAGAUAUGUUAUCACCAGCACAAUUUCAAGCGAACUUUAAUUUACCAUCAGCUGGAAUAAGUUCAUCUGAUUCAUGGAAUGGAAAUAAUGAUCAAUAUGGAGGUGGUUCAAGUAAUGGCGAUCCUUAUAAUCAGUGGGCAAAUGCUUAUGGACAAUGGCCACAAGCAAAUUCAUAUGAUCAAAGUUCAUCAAAUAACAAUGAUUCGUCAGCAGCAGCAGCUAAUAAUCCUGCAGGAAUGGGUCAAAUGGAUCCAGCCUGGUUAGCUUAUUAUCAAUCCAUGAGUUAUUACAAUAUGAUGCAAACAAAUAUGACAGGAAAUCCAUCUUCCGGUACAUCAACCACGACAACAACAACAAAACCAACAGAUUCAAUAGCAAAUACAAGUAACACUAAUUCAGCCCCAUCAGCAACUAAUUCUACGGCUGGACAAGCAGAUUAUACUCAACAAUGGAUUGAAUAUUAUCGAUCAAUGGGACAGAAUGAAUAUGCUGAUCAAAUUGCCCAACAAAUGAAACAACCUGGUUCAACUACGACAAAUUCAUCUUCGACGAGUUCAACUACGGAUCCAAAUCAAGCAGCUGCGUUGAUGAUGUCAGCUGGUGGUGGUGGUGAUGCUUGGGCAGCUUAUGCACAACAAUGGGCUAAUGCAGCAAAAUCAAAUUCUACAAAUGGUAAUAAUUCAUAA